AUGACCUCCCACCGUAUGCCCAUCGACCAUGUCCAAGGCACAGAAACUGGCAAAGAGCCUGAAGAGAAGCCCCACGCCCUUGCCAUGAGCAAUAUGCAAUAUCUCCAAACAGGACCUGGAGACCUAUUUCCGCAUAAAGGAGCAGCUCCCGAACAAGUGCUAGAAGAGCCUAGGAAGUUCAGUGUCCCCAGCGCAAAAAAGAAGCGUAAGAGUGGUCAAGCACCCGAGGGCGAGGGGAAGAGCGAGGGCAAGGUUAAAGGCAAGGAACGCAAGUAA